GUUCUCGGGGGAUACACGGGCCACCUAGAAAAGCGCAUAUACCCCGUCAGUUCAUCGAGACUGCGCAUCUUGACUGCGAGAUGAGCUUGCAACUUACCGCAAGGCCUGCCUCAUGCACCCAAGUGGAACUGGCGUGCCAAGGUUGUACUUGGUUCCUGAAGAUGACUUUCACUUUGCCCUCAUACUUCCCGCCUUUGUCGAAGAACGGCCUGAGGACAGACUCGAUUGUCAAAGAGAGUUUAGCACUAAAUGGGCAGACAUAGUCCACUGAUACCGAUACUUUAAGAUACUACUUAACGAUACCGUUUGGCUGAAUAACUCACGGAAGAUGUCAAGGGUGUGAGGUGCAUCAUAGGAACCUGCAAUGACAAGGGCACGGCGAAGGCUUGGUUGGAGAGCCAUAAUUGAUGUCGUGCAAGUUCAAGUGCCUGUGGGAAGAUGUUGAAUGAGUUAGAUAGCUUCGAAGACAAGCGUCCCUGGUUGUUAUUUAGCAUUCAGGCUCCUAUUGCGCUAUAUCUGCCCAGAUAACGCGAAGAAUCGCAAGGAUUGACGAACGCAAUCUCACUCUUGCCAUCCCCGCCGGUCGCUCACCUGUGUAUAAUCCAGAUAUGCUUGGUAGGUUGGAGUAAACGCAGCGUUUGGUGAGAAAUGCACGUUCUAAACCGCUGAAUUUGGAGUCAACUUAGGCGAACUGGAUGAGGAUCGGGAUGGCGACGACGUCAGAACGCGUAGACGCGUUCGUCCCGUGACCCAUACUCUUGUCUUCGACCACCAUCUUGUUUUCUAGAUAUCUCUCUCGGGACUCAACUAUUGACGUAGAACACAUAGCAGGAUGCCACAGAUGAACUUUACGCAGUUCUUACUUGAAAUAGCGGAUGCCCUCCGAACAGAAAAUGGACCGAAACUUGCAGGCUUACUUAAACCCGUGGAGGAACAUGGGAAGUCACUCGUGAAGGAGUUCCGGAAUCCAACUAAACAAUCAUUGUCCAUGUAUGAGGGCAGCAUGGAAAGCCCUUGGGACGAGAUCGCUAUCCAAUACGUCUUGGUUGUAAAUCAUUGUGCAAAACGGCGGGCCAUUGAGGCGUUCAAAGAGGAAUGUCAACUAGUCAGCCUGUUCUUCCGGUACUUCACACAAAACAGCGGCUGGACACUACCUGCGCUAUUCUCGAUUCUUCGCGACUUGAGGGACCUGGCGUUUGACGCUGACCUUGAAGCACGCCACAAAGGUCAAGGAGACACUGCUAACAUGGAGGAAGCUGCACGGAUCAUCAGCAAAGCUUUCUCAAAUUGCAUCACCGACAGGUCAUCACCGUACGCAGAAUCACGGCGGUGGGGCAUUUACUACGUUGUCGGACUGGUGCUGAAAUCGUACUUCCGUGUGAAACGAAUAUCUCUGUCCAAAAAUAUAGUCCGUGCCAUCGACGCCACUCCUGAUAUUCCGCCAUUAUCCGCAUACCCCCGAUCACAUCAAGUAACUUAUAGAUAUUACUUAGGCAUGCUUAACUUCUUGAGCGAAGACUUCUCAAAAGCUGAACAAGAACUCACACUCGCCUUUUAUAAUUGUCACAUUGGUGCCCAUGCCAACCAAGUACGAAUACUGACAUAUCUGAUUCCUCUUCGAGUUCUUCGUGGUCAUCUUCCCUCUCGAGAACUGCUAGACCGAUUUCCUGCGCUAGAUGACCUAUAUUCACCAUUCAUAGCCGCAAUCCGUAAGGGAGAUAUUCGAGCGUACGAUGAAACGCUAGACCGAUUUGAACGAAGAUUGGCGGAGCUGAAUCUGUGGCUGACUAUGGAGAGAGCGAGGGAACUCUGUAUCCGUGGGCUGUUCCGAAGAGUAUGGACAGCUUCCGACAAAGCAACUCGUAUACCUGUGUCUAUGUUUCACACCGCACUUCACAUUGCUGGCUUGGACGUAUCGAUCGAAGAGGCCGAGUGCAUGGUCGCAAAUAUGAUAUACCGAGGGUACAUGCGAGGUUAUAUUUCGCACGAAAAGCAGAUGGUUGUGUUGGCCAACACGAAUGUGUUUCCAAGGCUGGCUGAUCGUCCAAAUCCAUAUGCCCUUGUAUGAUAUGUGGCCGUGCAGGGCGUGGAAGUAUUGUAUGUAACGGUAGUAACGUGCUUCAGUUGUGUACAAUUGACCUGUAUGUAUGCGUGGCUACGGGCUCGCCCAAGAAAUUCCAUUUAACACUCACCUAGCUCGAUUAUCACUAUCGUAUAUCCAUGCAAGGCCGCAUUCGAACACGGUUUCCGUUUCUUCCUCUUUUGUUUUCUGGCCCCUGGUUACUAUUCUUUUCCCAAGAAUAUGCAGCCUCCCACCAUGGCGAGGAACACAAGACCGAUCCAGGGGGGGAGGGCGGCGCUUGUAUUUAUGAGUUAGAAUGGGACUCCGGGGUGAAGGUCUAAUUUACUAGUAGUCGCAAACCGAGCUAGGGUGUCUCCCGGCGAACUGGAACUAAGGGAGAUGGUACUUUUCUCUCAAAGGGCCACUGAAAAAUUGCAGGACUCAACAUAUGUUCAACUAGUUUCUUGGCCUCCACGCACAAAUUUCAAGUUGACACAAAUUAUAGUUUGCGACACCCUACUUACUGAAAUAAGCC